AUGGGCGUAUUGCCAAGGCUCGCCACAGUUUUCAAGGCGAAUCGCCAAAAAACCGUGGAAAUGUGCCGGCGUUUCGCCAGCAAUGAGGCGCCAUCGGUGGUGGUGCCCGGCGUGCGGCCCGUCGAGAAGAUCCGCAACAUCGGAAUCUCGGCGCACAUCGAUUCCGGAAAAACGACGGUGACCGAACGCAUUCUCUAUUAUGCCGGCCGAAUUGAUUCAAUGCACGAGGUUCGCGGUAAAGACGACGUCGGCGCCACAAUGGAUUUCAUGGAAUUGGAACGGCAACGCGGCAUCACAAUUCAAUCGGCAGCCACCUAUGUCGACUGGAAAGGGACUAAUAUUAAUAUUAUUGAUACGCCAGGCCACGUGGAUUUCACAGUAGAAGUUGAGCGAGCUCUCCGCGUUCUCGAUGGGGCUGUGCUCGUGCUCUGCGGAGUUGGAGGUGUUCAAUCUCAAACGUUCACUGUCAAUCGACAACUUGCUCGAUACAGCGUCCCAUUCAUCUGUUUUGUCAAUAAAAUGGACCGAAACGGUGCGACCCCUUUAAAAGCACUCGAUGGCUUAAGGAAUAAGCUCAACCAUAACGCCGCUCUCAUUCAUCUCCCAAUCGGAAAAGACGCCAACUUUCACGGAAUCGUCGAUCUCAUCGAAGAGCAGGCGCUCUACUAUGAAGGCGAAGACGGAUUGAUUGUGCGAAAAGACGAAAUUCCGAAAGAGCUUCGCUCGCAAGCCACCGAUCUUCGACAAGAGCUCAUUGAGCACAUCUCAAAUGCCGACGAGAAACUCGGAGAGAUGUUUUUGAACGACGAGAAUCCAAGCAUCGAUCAAAUUCAUGAAGCGAUUCGGAGGACCGUGGUGAAGCGCUCAUUCGUUCCGGUUCUUUCGGGAACCGCUCUCAAGAACAAAGGUGUUCAGACAAUGAUCGAUGCUGUGGUCCGAUACCUUCCUGACCCUUCGGAGGUUGUAAAUCGAGCAACAGUGAAGAUGGAAACGGGCGAGGAGAAGCCAAUCAUCCUGUCUCCUGAAAGAAACAACACCAAGCCGUUUGUCGGACUAGCUUUCAAGUUAGAGGCCGGAAAAUACGGACAACUCACUUAUUUCCGUGUUUAUCAAGGACAGUUGAGCAAAGGCGACACGGUGUAUGCAUCAAGAGACGGCCGGAAGGUUCGAGUGCAGCGAUUGGUCCGAAUGCACGCCGCUGAUAUGGAGGAGAUCACGACGGCCUAUGCCGGCGACAUUUGCGCGACAUUCGGGCUCGAUUGCCAUUCCGGCGAGACGUUCUCAACCGAUCCGAACCUCGCGCCCCAUUGCGAAUCGAUGCAUAUUCCCGAACCCGUCAUCUCAAUGUCGAUUAAGCCGGUGAAUCGAAAAGACGCCGACAAUUUCAUCAAGGCCCUCACGCGGUUCACCAAAGAGGAUCCGACGUUCCGACGGGAGUACAAUCAGGAAGCCAAGGAGACGAUUGUUUCGGGAAUGGGCGAGCUUCACCUCGAGAUUUACGCGCAACGCAUGAAGAAUGAGUUCAACUGUCCGGUUGAGCUCGGCAAACCGUCGGUGGCUUAUCGCGAAUCGCUGGCGACGCCCUACAAAUUCCAUUAUCGUCACAAGAAGCAGACCGGAGGACAAGGACAGUUUGGAGAGAUCGAGGGUGUCAUUGAUCCGCUGCCGGCUGAUAAGAAUACGGUGGUUGAGUUCUCGGAUGAGACGUUCGGAAACAAUAUUCCGAAGAAUUUGUUCCCGGCGCUGAAGAAGGGAUUGGACGCGAUUAUUGCGGAAGGACCAUUGAUCAAGACGAGAAUCGCUGGAAUUCAUGUGAGAGUUCAAGAUGGAGCCACACACGCUGUUGAUUCGACGGAAAUCGCCAUGAUCAACACGAUGCAGAACAUGAUGAGAGAAGCAUUUGAGAAGGCGAAUUGGCUGCUUCUCGAGCCGAUUAUGAAGGUUGAAGUGACGACGCCGGUGGAAUUCCAAGGAAAUGUGGUGACAUCAUUGACGCAGCGAAACGCGCUCAUCACGACGACGGAUUCGACGGAAGGCUAUGCGACGGUGAUUUGCGAGGCUCCAUUAUCGGAUAUGUUCGGAUACACAUCGGAAUUGAGAUCGUUGACGGAAGGAAAAGGCGAAUUUAGUAUGGAAUAUUCGAGAUAUGCGCCGACAACGAAAGAAGCGCAAGAUAGGAUACAAGCGGAAUGGCGCCAAUUGCACGGAAUCGCCGAUCCCAAUGAGAAGGGCAAGAAGAAGCAGAGGAAAUAG